GAUGAGGAGGGAGCUUCCAUCUUCUCUCUGCUUCUUCAUCCUCUUUUUAAAGCUAUUUAGACGUAGACUUAGAUCAGAUUCCGAACCUAAUCCAUGAUUAGCUAACUGGAGUGGGAAAAGGAAGAGUCUAUAUUAGUUUUGAUGCUGCUAGGUGGAUAUGCAGUGAAAGUGUUAUGAUUUUUUUUUCUUUUUUUGGUUUUGUUGCAUUUUUGCACUCUCACAGCAGGCGUUUUGCUGAUGUCUUUCUCACGCGAUUGUAGGCUAUUUGAGAUCAGAGGCUAAAAGCGAAAAUUCCGUUUUUAUUUCAAAAAGAACACCAUGCCUACACGCGAAUGUGUUUUGCUGGAGACUGGAAGCGCAUGACGGAAUUACGACUUUAUUAUUACACUUUUCCCGAUACGCAGUUGAACUAAAUAGGCUACAGUAGCUUGCCGAUAAAUUGGAUUUUAACGUUACAUCCACCUCAUCACAAAAUAAUCGCAAACUGAUAUCCUGAUCAUACGAGAUAGCCUACAUGUUUUUGUAAUGGUAUUAAAGCACUCGCGGUUGCUGUCAUUGAGAAAUAGACAUACCCUAAGAUAUUCGCUUUCGAAGUGAAUACAAUUUAUCAGUCUGAAACUGAGCAACUUCAGCGUUUUCUAUAGGAUGUCGCGCCGCAAGCAAGCUAAACCAAGAUCAUUGAAAGCAGAAGACAAUGUGACAGAGGAUCAGCACAGUUCUGGGCCGACUGCCAUUCCAAGCGAUUCAGAGUGCGCCCUCGAGAGGGCGACGGAAGAUGGCGAGCCCCGGCGUCUGAGGAAGAGGCUUCUGUCUCCCGAGGAAGGGGAGGAGGGGGAGGAGGAGGACGACGAACCCGCGCUGCACAGCUGCGACAGCUGCCGGCAGGUGUUUGAGUCGCUGAGCGAUCUCACCGAACACAAGAUUAAUCAAUGCCAGCUGACAGGUAAACAACGCUCAGCCCACCUCAGUGCGUUUCCCCCCUCCGCUCUGCCACUCUCCGCUCCUCUCUGCUCGGUCCUGCCUGUCUCUCCACGCCCCCUCUGCCAGACACACCUCGCCCUGUGCGGGGUGCAGCGCACCAAGGGCCCCGCCAUACUGCACGACCAAGCACCUAGGAGUGUUCCCAGUGUGGAAUGGACACACACAAACAUACACAAAUACAUGCUAGGUAAAUGCGUUCUGAGGUAAAAUGGCUCUGAAACAAAUGAAUAUAUAUAUAUAUAUAUAAAUGUACUGUAUAAACAGUACACUGAAUAUAUACACACACAUGUUUGGACACUACAAUGUACUGAACCCCAUCGCCACGCAAAAGCUAGCUAGCUUCCGGGGCUAACCCCAAGUCAAUGUCCUUGAGGUCCCACAAUAUCCCCGCUCUGAGUGGAUCCCAGCGGUUCUCCCCCAUGCAGCAGGCUAGGCAUCCUGCAGACUGCCUACUGGGCCUCGUGAGAGAAGGGUGCCAAUGGCAGACGGUGUCAUUGGCCUGCUGAUGGAUGAGCAUGGCUAUAAAUACUGUGACAAGGUGCUGGGGAGGACUAAUGAUGUGAGCGUAGGACUUCCAUGGGCUUCUCGUGGUCCUUCUGUUCUCCUUUAUGCAAAACUCCAUGUCCUGUCAGGUACCCCACCAAGAAAAGCCCACCCUGACACACAUUUCCUGUCAUCUGGCGAAGGACACCUUUUUUCAAUCUCUCUUCGCGCCACAAAACAUGAUUUCAAAUGAAGACUGUUGUUCAAGUUCGUAAAGUUGGGUUUUCUUUCGGUUCGGGCUUAAUAGCAAUUGUGAAAUUGCACAGCCCAAUAAGGCACGAUAGAUCUUCCUUUGUUUACAUUCAAAUGUAGUUGGAUUUCAGACCGUUUUUUGUAACCCACAGCCAGCUAACCACAAAUGAUGGGGAAGGAAUGAUUCUGAGUGCUCUCACAUUUCCAAACAAGCAGAAAGAUAUCCCACAUGAGUAUUACAAAGGUUUUCCAUGAACUGAAAGCCAGUCUCACUAAAUGUACUGUAGUACAGUAGGUGUGUGUGUAGUACAGUAUGUGUGUGUGUGUGUGCUCAAGUGUGUGGCAACAUGUGUGUCUUCACAUGCUCGUUCAUUUCCAUGGCAAUAUUCUUUUCUAGAAGGUGUGAAUUUCAAUUGCAUUGUUUACUUACUGUUAGCUGUUCUCCAACAAAAGCCUUACCGGGUUUGAACAGAAUGCAGUGAAGCUCUCAGCCGCCUCCUUUCAAUACACGCAGCAAUCCAUCAAGCCAAUAUUGAUCCUAUUUGGCAUACAGUACAUUUGAAAUCCGGACACAAAAGCCAUUAUUAAAGGUAGAGCAGGCAGCGUGUCAGUGGACCCUGCGGCACUUCUGACGGCUCUUUCUGUAUCGCCAAUUAUUCACAUUCAACUCCUUUUAAUAAUUUGAUGGGGUAGGAGGUGAAUGACUCCACCAUUCACAGCUCCAAAGAGUUUGGGAGCAAAACAAUAGCAUGAUUCGAGGAGGGGGACAGGUCUAUUUGAUGUGGAACGUGAUCACCGUGUGGUCAUGACAAACUCUGCCAUAUCUUUUUUUUCUUUCUAUAAUUAAGCAAGCCCUUUAUUAAUGUCAAUCUCACGGACAAAUAACUCUUAAUUGCUCCAAUGCUAAAAAACACAGUUAGGAGGGGAACCCCUGUGGAAACCAAACAAAAGAACCUAAUUGCCAUUAGGGCAUUGUAACUGUGCAAAACCACUCUAUUAGUAUUCCAACACAGUGGGGAAAAAGAAACUUCUAGAUGGCAUACUAAGUCCGCUUUUUUUUUCUUUUGGAAUUUGUGGAGGAGAUUUCCUAUGUGGCAUUUACGUUGACAUCCAUGACCAAUUAAUCUGCCAUACAUCAAAUCACUGCUCACAAAUGGAUCCCUUUAUUAAAACCCUUUUCUAAUCAAAGCCCGGCACCUGCUAAACUCCCCAUUUUCUACAUGCUUUUUCUGACGUUUUAUUUUUAGCAAACAAAUUCUAAGCCUGACUGGAACCAAUCAUCAUUGGGAGAUUUUGUUUAGCAUUUUUUGACAAAACGGAACCCGGUUUUGUUUGUAUUUGGUUUUCAUUUAUUUAUUUAUUUGGCUGCAAAAGGCCAAAUGUUGUGCUAUGAACACAUGUACAUACACAAACACACACACUUGUGUGCAGCCAUCACAGCAAUCUUGUUCCACCCCUGGUCUCCCUAUCCAGGGUUACCAAACCCGACAACACCCUGUACAGUACGCAGGCUGAAGAAGCUCCUUCACAGACUCCUGCAGCAAGUAGACCACGCCCGAUGGACAGAGACAGAGAGAGAGAUGUAACAUGUCACCCCGAUCAAUGGCCGCCAUUGUCUCCCCUCCCGUCUGGUGGAGGUAUAACACCUUUCCGUGCACUUAAGCCGUGACCACUGCAGUGCGCUAAGGGAGCCCAGGGGUAUGGAUUGCCUCGUGUCCCCGAUGCGAUCGGUGCUAUCGAUCGCGCUAAUGCUGGACUGCGGAGGAAGGCGAGAGCCGCGAGAUGGGGAGGGAGGGAGAGAGAGAGAGAGUGCUGCAGGAAUGUUUCCCUAGGGGAGACUCCUCCGUCUUGGGCUGGGGCAGGGCUUCAGGAAUGCUCCCCUGGAGAUUCAGUCGAAGAGGCUGGGGCAGGGCUGGAAGAAUGCUCCUCCGGAGACUCAGAGAGCUAGCUGAGGACUGGAGCUUGGGGCAGGGCUGGAGGAAUGCUCCCCCAGAGCGCCCCGCUAACUCUAGGGCAGUGGUGGAGGGGCUCCGGGGCAGGGGGAGGCGGUACGUCGCUCCCCCCGGUCACCCCCCUCCGGCUCCAGGAUGGCUGGGGAUCAGGUUUCCGUGCAGGGAUCCGGCAUCCUGCCGUCAGGGCUUUAGGCUGCCCAGGGGAGGAGACAGGAGGCGCUUCCACACUGUAGGCCUCUCGGAAAAGGAGGAAAAAAACUACUUCACAAAUGCUUUGUGUCUCUUUCUGUUGUGCUGUCUUCUUGCUGGCCUCCCCAUGUCUGGCUGGAGAGACAGUGCAUCCUCUGUGGCUCCCCUUUUCUAAGUGCCGAGCACAUAUUCAUAUUCAAGUUAUGAAAUUCAUAUGGUGUCCAAGAGAAUGGGUUCCCGAGAGACAAUACGAGGCUCGUGAAACCCCCUUUGUCGUAGCUCAGACUCCCUCCUACCCAGAUCCCACCCUGCCGUAGCAGGCCCAACUGUAAAUAAAUGGUGCGACGCAGGCACCGAGUCGAAUUCUUCGAGGCAGCGUUUCCACAAAGCCUCACAAUGUUGGUUUCCUCCUCCUCCCGUUUGCCUUUGGAAGGCGUUGUGAAUAGCCCAGCGCACACACACUCAGGGCUGGUUUCCCAGUGGCCAUCCUUUCAUUACGUGGGCCCUGCCUCCCUGGAGCAACACCUUUUCUUGUGUCCUUCACUCGAGGAGGGGCAUGGUCGCUCCCCCGCCCCUGGAGACAGGGAUUCGCGGCCCUGCUAUUUUAACCCUCUGCGAGAUGACCUUUUUAAUAAGUGUCUUUCUCUGUUUUUCCUGCCGGCCAGUGUGUGCGGGCAAACAGAGCAUGUCUUCUGCUUCCCUCAGAUAAAGAAAUCAAUCAGAGAGGGUGCCACAGAGAGAGAACUGGGCCACAUAUGGAUUUAUAUUAUGUAGAUUUUGCCUCCACUCCUUGCCUGUGGAGAUUUGGAAAUGCGUUCAGCUCCAAUAAAGUACAUUUUAGAUUUAUGAGAAAAAUACAAAUGAGAUACUGCACAUUAACGUGCGAUGGAAGACGAAGAAGGAAAAAUACAAUAAGAUCCGGGCGAUUCUGCCGAGAUAAUUUGAUGGAGGAGAUAUAGACAAGUUGUUCUCUCCUCAAAUGAAGGUCCAAAUCUGUUUACUCUCCCCUCAGUUGAUCGGCACUUUGUUUAACGAACUGUACCAGUUCUCCUCGUUCUAGCCUGUCUUCAGCAACAUGUUUGUUCGAAGUGUGUAAAUGUCGUCUCCCGUCAAGUCUUUUGGGUUAGCUUUAUGGAAAUGUUCAGUAACGGACCACAACUUUGAACCUUCUGGCAGCCCAUGUCUUGUAGUAACUCUUUCCAAAGCCUCUCAUUGGCUAAACAGACUCUUCUUUUCUCCCCCAGCUAACUUUGCCUAUUGAUCCAACAGCUGCUUUGCGGCUGCCAAGAAGAAUGUGCCGAACUGCAAAGACUCUGGUUUGCUGCUGAAGCCUGAGAGCGUGAGAGGGAUGGGGGGGCUAAAGGGAACAGACCCGAUUAAUCCAACCCCGAGUCGCUGCCGUGCAUCAGAUAUGCCGCUGCAUUUUAUGAAAUGUUUGCCUCGGCGGCUCGCGACAUCGCCGUACAAAGAGUGAGUUAGUGAGGGAGGGGGGUUUUGGGGGGGGGUCAUCAGGGGAUGCAAAACGAGCUCUCAGAAAACGCUCCUGCCGUCUUGCCCCGCGACGGCGCUGGCGCGCCGUGCGCGUGUGCAGCAGUCGGUUGGGCUCCUUGGUAACGCCGGAGCAGCGCCCCGUGCGUUCCUCCUCGCCGUGUGACGGUGCCGUUACCGUUAAGGAGUUUCGUUAGGAAUUCAAAGCGCAUGCCCUCUUGAGGACGCCCUCUUCCUCUCUCCCCCUGCGCUUCGGGAACCGCACGCAUUAUGCACCAUAUAAAGUAUUUAUUGGUCUUUGUCAGAGAAGCACUGCAGCUUUUGCGCAGGAAGACAAUCAAAAUAAUCAUAGGGGGGGGGAACGUCUGGUUUGUUUGCGUUGGUAUUUGUGAGAGGUAGACAUAGCAACUGACUGACCAGCCCUGAAUUACCCUGCCCCUUAUAUGGGUCAUCAAAUCUUCCCUUCUCUCUCUCUCAUCCUGUUCUCUCUAUAUUGCCCUCUCUCUCUCUCUCCCUCUCUCU